CCUCUCCAUCCCUCCCUCCUCCUGCUGGGCGGAACUACAGUUCCCAGAGUGCGCAGCGCCGCCGCCGCCGCCGCCGGAGCGUAAAUCUUCAAAGGCUAACAAAAGAGCAGCCGGCGAGCCUGACAGGCGACGAGGAAGGAAGCCCAGCCGGGGCGCCGCUGCUGCUGCUGCUCGCCGCCGCCCGCCGCCUCCUCCUCCUCCUCCCCCCCCCGGCGGGCCCCCCGCAGCGCCGAGCCUGCGCCCGAGAAGCCAGCCCGGCUCUUCCUCGGCGGCCAGGAGGAGAAGGCGGAGAAGGCGGCAGCCUCCAGCGGACGGGCCCGGCGGGCUGCAGCGCAGGGCGGGCGCCCUCCUCCUCCUCCUCCUCCACGGAGAGAUGGCCGGAGGGAGCCUCGCGCAGGUGUCUGUGGCCUUUGAGGACGUGGCGGUCUACUUCUCUCCGGAGGAGUGGGCGGAGCUAGCGGAAUGGCAGAAGGAGCUUUACCAAGACGUAAUGGCGGAGAAUUAUGAGCUGGUCUCCUCGCUGGAGUGCCUGCUCUCCAUUCCGGAGCUGCUCUCCCGGCUGAUGCGAGGGGAGGCGCCGAGCGCUGCAGACCCCCCACGCCCUGCAGAGGACAGCGACUCCCCAGCGGAUGGACGCGUGAGCCAGAAGCAGGACGAGAAGGGGCCCGACCCUCUGCAGCAGCGCCCUGGGCCUGACUCCACUGACCCACUGAGGCUGCGCCGUCGCCCUUCCCGGACGGCAGGGAAGGGGCCCCGGAGGCCGGCAGCGCAGGCCCGGCGAAGGCCGGCAGGGGCGGGCCAGAGCGCCAGGGACAGCGCCCAGAAGCAGAAACCCCGGAAGCGGGAGAAGCCCUACAAGUGCCCCAAAUGCCAGCGCAGGUUCCUGGGCCGCCUGGCCUGGACUGCCCACCGGCGCCUGCACGUCCGUAAGUGGCCUCGGCCUGGCCCCCAGAGCGGGGGGCGCUCCUCCCACGCCCCGGACUUGGCGGUGCCGCAGGAGGGCCAGCUGGGCACCAGCGCCAGCCCCUUCCCCCCCUGCAGCCAAGGCGAGGGGACGCUGCCCUUCUGGCCGGAGAUGGCGCUGCACCAGCAGGCCCCGGCGGCCCACUGCUUCAACCCCUGGUCCCUGGCCUACGGCCCCCAGCCCCUGCCCGGCCACCAGGCCCCGGGCCUGCCCAGCCACGGGGAGUUCAUCUGCGACCAGUGCGGCUGGAGCUUCCACGGCUGGGAGGAGCUGGUCACCCACCAGAUGGCGCACAUGGCGGCGGAAGGGAUCGCGGGCUCGGUGCCCAAGGCCGGGGCCCUGGCCCAGCUGGCCGGCGACAGGCCUUACGCCUGCGCCCAGUGCGGGAAGAGCUUCCGCCACAAGCCCAACCUGCUGGCCCACCGGCAGGUCCACACGGGCGAGCGCCGCUACCAGUGCCAGGAGUGCGGCAAGUCCUUCGGCAGCAAAGCUUACCUGGCCUCCCACCAGCACAUCCACACCGGCGAGAAGCCCUACGUCUGCGGCCAGUGCGGGAAGAGCUUCCGCCACAAGCCCAACCUCAUCUCCCACCAGAAGAUCCACACCCGGGAGCCGCUGCCCCCCAGCCACCCGCUGGACGCCUUUGGCGGCGGGGAGGCCUUCCCGAGCCCCCGCCCCAUGGUGGACCCCCUGGGGCUGGAGGUCUUCCAGCAGCAGCAGCAGCAGCAGCAGCAGCACCUGCCCUGCGCGCAGAGUGAGAGCCCCGUCCCUCCGCUGCCGGCCUCCCUGCCUUCCCCGCAGCCGGCGGUGGACCGCCCCUUCGUCUGCCCCGUCUGCGCCAAGCAGUUCCGCUGCAAGCCCUACCUGGUGGCCCACAUCCGCAUCCACACGGGGGAGAAGCCCUACGCCUGCAGCCGCUGCCCCAAGCGCUUCUCGCAGAAGUCCAACCUGGUUUCCCACGAGCGCCUGCACACCGGGGAGAAGCCCUACGCCUGCCCGCUCUGCCCCCGCGUCUUCAGCCAGGGCUCCAACAUGCGGGCCCACCAGCGCAGCCAUCGGAACCUCGUCCCCAGCGAGGGGGACGGCCGCCUUCCCCAGGCCUACACGCCCCGACAGACUCCGCAGCCGAACUGCGGCGCUCUGUCCCCUCCCCCCUGCAAGCCGAGGAGGGGCCAGCUGGCUGCAGAAGGCGGGGCUCCUGCAGGGGCAAAGUCGCCAGAGUCCUCCAGGAUGGACCAGAGGGAAGAGGUCGUCCUUCCAAGGCUGAGAGGUUCAGAAGAAACGGAGGCUCCCCCAAACGCUGGCUCAGAUGUCUUGCCCACGACCCACAGCAGGGAGGGAGGUCCUGCUGAAGAAGAAGACGAAGAAGCAGCAGCAGCUGCCGAGAAGCCAAGCAGGGCCCCAGAGAAGUCUGCAGAAAGAGGCAGUGCUUUCCAGCGGGCCGAAAGGAGGCGGAACUUCCCCCGGUGGCGGAAAGCGCGGGAGACCCAGCAAAGGCCAGCCGGGGCUGCCCGGGAGGCGGCGGCGGCGGCAGAAGUCUCCUCGGGCGGGCGAGCGCUUGGCGGGGCCGGCAGGCGAGGAGAGACCGCGCUGGGGGAGGAGCUGUGCGAGAACAUGGCGGCCUCCCGGCUGGGCGAGGGCGGAGCGAAGGCCGGGGGGAGCCGGAGGGGGUGCCCGGCGGAAGCCGAGUUUGCGUGCCAGGAGUGCGGGAAGUCCUUUGCCUGGCGGUCGUCCCUCAACAUCCACCAGCGCAUCCACACGGGGGAGAAGCCCUUCAAGUGCAAGACCUGCGGCCGGCGCUUCAGCCAGAAGCCCAACCUGCUGUGCCACCAGCGCAACCACACGGGGGAGCGGCCCUUCAAGUGCCCCCGCUGCGAGCGCAGCUUCCGGCAGAAGCAGCACCUGGCCAAGCACCAGCGGACUCACGCCCGGGCCCGGCCCAGCCCCCACGCCUGCCCCGAGUGCCAGCGCGGCUUCAGCAACAAGGCCGUCCUGCGGCUCCACCGCCGGGGCCACGCCCACCACCGCCAGCUCGUCUUCCACGAGCUCAAGAAGGCCUACAAGGAGACGGUGGCCCGCCAGCGGGAGGAGGCCCGGGCCGGCCUCGGCUGGGUGGCUCGGCCCAAGGGCCGGCGCCGCGGGGUGAAGAAGUUCAUCUGCAGCGAGUGCGGGAAAGGCUUCACCUGGUGGUCGUCCCUCAGCAUCCACCAGCGCAUCCACACCGGGGAGAAGCCGUUCCCCUGCACCGAGUGUGGGAAAAGCUUCACGCAGAAGCCCAACCUCCUGCGGCACCUCCGUUACCACAGCGGCGAGAGGCCUCACUCCUGCUCGGAGUGUGGGAAAGGCUUCACCCAGAAACAGCACCUGGUGAAGCACCAGCGCACGCACCUGGCGGAGAAGGGCUUCCAGUGCCACGCCUGUGGGCAGACCUUCCCCACCAAGGGAGCGCUUACGGUGCACCAGAGGUCCGGCCACGUUGGGAUAGACUUCCUGGCCACGGGCAUCGUGGAGGAGGACGAGGAGGAGGAGGAGGGUCGCCUCUCGCUUGGCCAGCAGGAGAGCCUGGAGGCCGUGGUGGACUCCCUCAUGUCCAGCAGCCCAGACAUCUUCCAGCCUCCGGACCUCUUGAGCCAGCAGAACGAGGUGGAUGGCCAGCCGGUCCUGAUUGUGGAGCCCGGCACCCGGCCGCUGGCCCUGUCCCAGACCAAGAAGGGGGUCUUCUGGAAGCCAGAGCUCCCCAAGCCGCCUGCCCCGGAGCAGAAGCAGUAUAUCUGCAACGAGUGUGGGAAAGGCUUUGUCUCCUGGUCGGCUCUGACCAUCCACCAGCGGAUCCACACGGGCGAGAGGCCCUACCAGUGUGGCGAGUGCGGGAAGAGCUUCAGCCAGAAGCCCAACCUGGUGCGGCACCAGCGCUACCACACGGGGGAGAAGCCUUACCCCUGCCCCCAGUGCGGGAAGUGCUUUGUCCAGAAGCACCACCUCACGAAGCACCAGCGGGUGCACAAGAAGGAGGUGCCGCUGCCGCCGCCUGCCACGCCCGCUGUGCCCAUGGAGGCCCUCUAGGGCCCGCUGGGUGCCACUGUGUCUGGGGAGGACGGGGGCCAAGCUUUGCCUUUGGGUAGCCCGUCUAGGGGACUAGCCCGUCUGCCCCUCUCUCCCUGGAGAAGUCGCACCUGGGGUUCUCUAGGGCCAGCCCGGGCCCCUUCUGGCCUUCACGGUGUGCAGCCGUGGGAUGCUGUGACGGGAAGACUGCAGGGUUGUCGCUCCAGGUGGGCGGGCUGGCUGGGGCUUCUGGCAACCUUCCCUUUGCUGAACUAGGUCAAGGCCCUCGCCUUGGCACCAGGACUGGCACAGCAGCUCCCCUGAGGGUUCUUCCCCGUUACCCGUGAUGCCCAGCGGACUGGCCCUCCGUACUCCUCACGGAGUCCCAAGCUCCCCAUCUUGCCGCCAGGGCCCCAAGGAGAGCCACGCCCAGAGUCCGUGAGUGGCUGUGUUUUCCUUAUAAGCCUUCGAUCGGAUUCACAUGGGGCACCGCCGGGGUUGUGCCCCCCCGUCUUCUGUAAUGUGUGAAGCAGCACCAAAGUGCAUUGAAGGUGGGGGUGUUUCACCUGAGAGCUGUGCUGGACCUUGAAAUGUCCGGGGCGGGGGGAGAGCUCAAUUACAACAUCCAGGCAAUGUGUACCUCUCCUGGUUUUGUGUUCUCCGCUGCCCGUGGUUGUCAGUCCUGUUGCCAGGACUCUGUAGGCUAGUCCACACGGCCGUUCGACCUGGCGCAGGAGCGGGGCGCAGCCAUCCAGAGUGGGAGGGAGCACUCCUGGACUUCUUGUAGUAGAAUCCCACCUGGGACAGGUGAGCUGGACGUGGUGGUGUGCUCCUCGCCUCUCCAAGUGGCAGGGAGUCGCAGCAAGAGCAGGGCAGCCUGUCUUGGGCUCCCCUUUGGCUGAGAGAGUAGCGGAGACUUCAGGAACAUUUUUUUCAUUCACCUGCAGCCAGGCAGAGCCAAAGUGAAGGCGACUGGCGUGUGCUCUGCGGUCCCGCUUGCACCAGGGGGGGUCUUUCGCCGACGGUUGGCGCCUUCUCGGCUUCUAGCCCUCUUCACAUGUUGCACAGCAAGCAUGCUACACAAGUGGAGCAUCUAAAAGGGGGCCGAAGGAGCCCGCCCCCGCCAGCGCCCCACUCACGGCCAGAGGCCUUUCCAUCCAUGGGGGCAGACACUUUGUGGCAUCGUGAUGAGAGUGUUGGACUAGGGCCAGGGGGACCCACGUUCAAAUCCCCAUUCAGUCAUGAGGCUCACGUACGUGUGUGUGUGUGUGUGUGUGUGUGUGUGUGUGUGUGUGGGCGCACAUGUGCACCUCACCCACUCCAGCUUGUUGGCAUAAACAGGACCAUGUAGCCCCACUCUGGGCUCCUUGGCAGAGAGUUGGCUAGAACGUAAAAAUAAAAUAAAAACUGUGACCUGACA